UGAUUCUUUUCCUAACCAAACUUCUUGACAGGACGAUCGCGCUUCCGAGCUGCGAUCACCCCACACAGUCAAGACGUUUUCCAAUCUUCUAAACUCCGUCCAUCAUCCGUACGCAGGAGCCCGCUGCUCUGCCUCCCCCGGAAGCGCAGCGGACUCACCCUUUACUCAAUAAAGGGUGUUCAAAUCGCGGAACACAAAUACUACUAUCUAGUAUAGUACGAAAGACCAGCGCAAAAUGGCACCACACGCCGCGUACGGAAACGGACAAUCCAAUGGCAACGGCCACGCCACCACAUCAUCCAACAACAACCUUUUCGCAGUUAGCUCCCCUAACGUAGUGUAUACCGACAACGAAAUCCGGUCCAAGUAUACUUACCGAACCACCAGCGUUACGCAAGAUGCUGCUGGCAAAUAUGUCGCUACUCCUAAGGAGACCGUAUAUGACUUCAAGGUCGACCGCAAGAUUCCUAAAGUUGGUGUGAUGCUCGUAGGUUGGGGUGGAAACAACGGUACCACUGUAACCGCCGGUAUCAUUGCCAAUCGCCGUGGGCUCGUUUGGGAGACUCGCGAGGGCCCCCGUGCCGCCAACUACUACGGCUCCGUUAUCAUGGGAUCUACCAUGAAGCUCGGCACCGACCCCAAUACCAUGAAGGAGAUUAACAUUCCAUUCCACGAUGUCCUUCCCAUGGUUCACCCUAACGACCUUGUAAUUGGCGGUUGGGAUAUCAGCAGCAUGAACCUCGCGGAUGCUAUGGAUCGCGCGGCUGUGCUCGAGCCUACCUUGAAGGCACAAGUCAAGAAGGAGAUGACCCAGAUGGUCCCUCUUCCAAGUAUUUACUAUCCCGACUUCAUCGCCGCCAACCAGGAAGACCGCGCCGAUAACCUCAUCCCUGGAAGCAAGGCUUCUAAUGCCCAUGUUGAAAAGAUUCGCCAGGAUAUUCGCGACUUCAAGCAGCAGAAUGGCCUCGACAAGGUUAUUGUGCAGUGGACCGCUAACACCGAGCGCUACGCCGAUAUUAUCCCCGGCGUCAAUGACACCGCCGACAACUUGCUUCAGGCUAUUGAGCAAGGCCACGAGGAAGUUUCCCCAUCUACCGUUUUCGCAGUUGCCUGUAUCCUAGAGAAGACCCCUUUUAUCAACGGUUCUCCUCAGAAUACUUUCGUCCCGGGUGCCGUUGAACUAGCUGAGAAGCACUCCGCUUUCAUUGGCGGCGAUGACUUUAAGUCCGGACAGACCAAGAUGAAGUCUGCAUUGGUCGACUUCUUGAUCAACGCUGGUAUCAAGUUGACUUCCAUCGCCAGUUACAACCACCUCGGUAACAACGAUGGCAAGAACCUAAGCUCCCAGAAGCAGUUCCGCUCCAAGGAGAUCUCCAAGAGCAACGUCGUUGACGAUAUGGUCGAGGCCAAUACCGUCCUCUACAAGAAGGGCGAGCACCCCGAUCACACCGUCGUCAUUAAGUAUAUGCCGGCCGUUGGAGACAACAAGCGUGCUCUGGACGAGUACUACGCUGAGAUUUUCCUUGGUGGACACCAGACUAUCUCGCUUUUCAACGUGUGCGAGGACUCACUCCUUGCAUCCCCAUUGAUCAUUGACCUCGUGCUUGUAACCGAGAUGAUGACCCGCAUCCAGUGGAAGUUGCAAUCGGCCAGCGAAUUCAAGGGCUUCCACAGCGUCCUUAGCAUCCUAAGCUACAUGCUCAAGGCGCCCUUGACUCCUCCCGGAACACCCGUUGUUAACGCCCUUGCGAAGCAGCGUGGUGCUUUGACCAACAUCUUCCGUGCAUGUGUUGGUUUGGAGCCUGAGUCUGAUAUGACGCUCGAGCACAAGUUGUUCUGAGAAGUUUAUACUCGCUCUACGGCGGAUAUGCUAUAGGAUCCUUGUUAUAAUUAGGACCUAGAUAACGCACUUCUACUUCUAGUCGGUCAUUACUGUCGAUCAAUGGGUUCGAGACUCGCGCGGAGAUAGCUCAACGGUACACUUAUCAUAGGAUCUCAACAUC